GCAAGUGUAUAACGUCACUCAGCUCAGAAACGUUUCCUUGUCUGCUUGACGUUGAUUCCAGUUUGCGACAGUUUCGGUUGUUUCCAGCUUGUCCCGCUCAAAGUGUGUUAAAUACUGCUGAAAGUUCGCAACCUCAAAAUGUUCUCACCGCCGGCGGAUUACAAUUACCAAAAACUAGACGAAGAACUCACGGGUGUUGCAAAGAGAAAAUGGAGCAUCGUUGUGCUAAUUUUGGGAUUUGUAGCUUUUGCAGAAAUGUGUGUAACUUGCUACUUUUUCUGCUAUUUCACUGAUCAGAUCGCCCAGAUGCAACAGAAAUUGAAUUCUGAUAAUUAUCCAGGGCGAUGUCUGCAGUACCUGAAUUCCUACAUUGAUGAUUUGGGAGAGAGUGAAGUGGCCAUUGAAGAUUUUAUGUGUGACAGCUGGCUCAAGAAUUUUAAGUUUCUAAUCAACCAGCGUCUGCAAUCUGAUGUGAGGAAUUUAAUACACAAGGAAUUGAAAGCACACAAUGCAACAUUCCUGGGUCCUGACAAACCAGCAAUCCAUUUAAUUGCACAGCACAGAAACAAACCUCCAAAGAAUGCGCCAUCUUACUUUGCUCGUGUAGGUGGGCAUGAUGUACUCUACUGGAAUGACAUCAAAGGACUUACAGUGCAUCGGGGUGCCAUAAAAUAUCAUCAUGGAGAAAUUACCAUUCCCAAGGAUGGCAUCUAUUAUAUAUAUUCCCAAGUUUAUUUCUGGCAUAUACAGAAACUGGAUGGAGAGGAUCAACAAUACAAUCUCUUUCUGCAGUAUCUUUACAAGAUGUCCAUGAAUUAUUAUGAGCCUAUUCUUUUAACUAAAGCUGUUUACACCAAAUGUUGGUCAAAAGAGUCCAAGUUUGACGUGUACACAAGUUUUCAAGGUGCCCUCUUUGAACUGCAGCAAGGGGACAAACUAUUCAUAAAAGUAACAAAUGCAAGUGCUGUAAAUGUUAACGAAGGGGCAACAUAUUUUGGUGCUUUCAUGAUUUUUUAAAUGUAAUGAUUAAACCUGUGACUGUAUCAGUCUUAACUGAAAUUCUGUAGAACAGCAUGCAACUGAUAUUAAAUUUUAUUGCAGUUUAA